GAGGAGAUGAGCAAGUUCCUCAACACGCUCAAACCAGACACCGUCUUUCGAGCCAUUCACGGCGAGUCACACGCGCUGGCAGUGCGGCAGCGCGUGGCGUUCUCCGUGUCGCGUGCGCCCAGGCGCCUGGCCUCCGCCAUCUCCGCUGACAUCUUCCGCUUCGUGGGGCGGGUGAGGCUCUCAUGCACACACGCACUCACAUGCGCUCGCACUCACACGCACCCACUCUCACACGCACCCGAACUCACAUGCACACCCGCAGUGAGGCAUAGGGGUGGUGGUGACAUGGAGGGACAGGCCAUGGGGCGGGUGGGUGAGGGCGGGGUGGUGCUGCUGCCGCACGCACUGGUGGACACCCACGUGCGCACCGACGCCGCCACGCUCACACCCCCCGCUGCUGCUGCUACUGGGGACGGCGCAGGGGCGGGGGGGGGCUACGCGGUGUACGUGCUGAACCCGCGGGUGAUGCCGCGGCGCUACGCGUACUCGUAUGGCAGCCGGGGGGACACCGUGUGCCCUGGCACCACCUUCCAUGAUGAGCGCUACGUGUGGGUGGACCUGACGGCGGGGCCAGUGAGCUACGGGCCGGCGUGGGAGGGGCAGGGGGGCGUCACACCCGCCGCUUACCUGCGCGCGGAGCAGUACAGCAAGGAGCUGCUGCACGGGGCAUUCUUGGCGCACGUGGCAGUGCUGGUGGACAGUGCCGUGCGCCAUGUGUUUGUGCCGCCGCUGCUGCACGCGCCCGUGGUGUACGCGGUUACCACCGACAUCUGGCUCAUCGCCAUGCGCAGCGCUACCGGCGAUGGCAGGCAUGUGGGCGAUGAUGACAUGGGGCUCGACCUGAGCGCCAUCAAGGACCAGCUGCUAGCGCGCUCACCACCAGUGGUGCUGGCGGGGCAGCAGGUGCGGUUCAAGCAGGUGGACCUCUCCCUCGCCACCUGCUCCUUCUGCUCCACCGCUCUGCACCGCGCCAUGCGGUCGGGGCUGUACGAGGCCUCCACUGCCUCCUCAGGUGCCAGCUCAGCAGCAGGCAUGCCAGGUGGCAUGGAGGUGCGGCGCCACCUGGACUCGGAGGAUCUGCACCGCCACCUGUCAGAGUUCUGGCCUGAGAUCACUGAGCUGGCGGGGCUGCCACUGCCGGACUAUGCGGAGCGCAACGACCCCAACCCCCACGCGGGCCGCUUCUUCCCCGUCUUCCUCUUCGACCUCCACGACCCCACCCCGCUGCUGCUCGACGGCCGCCACCGGGCGCUGGCGUACGACGACAUGGUGCUGGCUGUGCGCACCACUGCCCCGCCCCUGCCCUCCCAUUACAUGUGCGAGGGCGAGGUGGUGGACGUGGACCCCAGCAACGUCACUCGCCCCGUGCUCUCCGCCAUCCUGCAGACCGCCUGGGGUGUCGCCCCCACCCACGAGGCAUGGAGCGCCAUCCACAACGCUUCACAGCACGACUACCGGUGGAGCGGCGGCAUCACGCCCAUGGGCCCCUUCUCACGCCACCUCGCCCUCACCACCACGAUGCGAGACACAGCGCUGCGCAACGUGGUGCUCUCCACGCUCAACUCCACCAUCGCCAGCACCCUGCACCUCCUCUCCGCGCUGCAGAGGUACGGGUCGGAGGAGGCGGCACUGAAGCCGGGCGCAGUGAGGCAGCGCUUUGAGCAGCGGUGGGCGGUGCUGCGCCACAAGCUGCAGCGCGCCGCGGCCGCGCUGUCAGCGGUGGACAUGGGGCUGGCGGGGUACUACGCGCGGUCGGCGCGCCAUGACAUGGACGCUCUGUUUGAGCUCGCAGGGCAGUCCGCGCAGGACAUGCACACCACCUUCUCCUGCUUCCAGGUACGCCCAUCCCCUCCCCUCCCCUCUCCGCCCUCCCCCUUCUGCCCGCCAUGCCCUGUGUGCCCCUCGCCUCACCCCUCCCUGUGUGCCCCUCGCCUCACCCCUCCCUGUGUGCCCCUCGCCUCACCCCUCUACGUAUGCCCCUCGCGUCACCCCUCCCUACUGUGUGUCUCGCUGUGCUGCCAGGAGGCGCCAGUGGCGUGGUCGGUGUGGGGCGGGGGGGCAGUGCUGGCAUAUCUGGCAUUCCUGGUGGGGCGCAACCGCUGGCGAGUGUGGCGCGUCAAGCACAAACGCUUCUAG